AUGAACAAACAGCCCUUCCUUCCAGCACGACCUACCAGUAGUCUAGCAUUCUUGGCGUUCGCAUUCUGGAUUGUGGGAUUCCAUGCCAGUUGUCUAGAAGCUUUUGCACCAAAUGUUGUGGGUGCUACCAGACAACAUUCCCGCCAUCUUCCUCUUUCCAUGGCCACGGAAGAAAAACAACAAGAAACGAAGAAACAAGUCGCGCCACAGUACGAAAAGAUCAUGGCUCGUCUGUCCAAGGCUGAAUCAGUGGCCAAGGGAACCGUGCUCUUGCACAUUGAAGCGGAAGGCGACGAUGAAUGGGACUACGAACCAGGGCACGUCUUGGCGUUGGAAAUCCAGGGAGAUCCAAAAGACAAGAGUACACAUACCUAUGAGGACACCCAAAAGAACAAUGGUUGGAUGCGAGGACCCUAUACUGUCUCGUCUUCCAAAUCAUCCAAGGAACUUCAAGUUUUACUAAAAUUGGUGGGCGAAAAGUCACAAGCCUUUGCCGAUGCACCCAAGGGAACUCCCAUCAAAGUGGGUGGCAAAUUCAAGGUUCCCAUUGUCGAAGGGAUUGAUGUGGAUACUACCUCUCAAGUCGUGCUGUUAUCGACCGGUGUCGGCGUGGGCCCCUGUGUCGGUGCCAUGGAACAAGUAGUUCAGAACAAGUUGGCCUGCAACGAACCAUUCCCACCCAUUCAUUUGGUGGCUAGCUUUCGCACCGAGGAUGAAAUUGCCUUGGCCGACAAGUUGAAUCAAUGGCAGAAGGAAUAUCCAAACCAAAUCUCGUGGACUCCUGUCACGACGAAUAGUAGUGAUGACAAUGACAAUGGUGGUCGAAUCUCCUCCAGUGUCGAACGCCUUCAAGAGUGUCUAACGGCCAGCAAUACCAUCGAUUCGUUGUUGGAUUUGCAAAGUACUCACUUUCACUUGAUUGGUAAUGGUGGAUUGGUCUACGAAUUCCAAAAGGGAUUGGAACAGGCGGGAAUUCCCAACGAAAAGGUGACUUUGGAAGUUUAUUUUGGUCAUCAAACCAAACCAAAAGAGGAGACGGUGGACAUUAUUGCCAAGGCCAUUCAAGGAUUGUCUCGUAGCAGCAGUGGUGGCGCCAAGAAGGAGAAAGAAAUGUCAUCUGCUUCGAGCCAAUAA